CUAGAGUUAACUACCUGUUCACCUUCGCUGCGGAGACAGGCUCCCGUUGCCAUAGCAGUAGUCGUCGUGUCUCCGUCGUCCAAGCAAAACUAUCAGGGAACUGCCACCGUCGUCGCUGGCUAGAGACCACAGAGGUUCAUUUCCUCAGUGACGGAUAAGGAUUCCGCCUCCAUGGAUCUCGCUGGACUCUCUGUUGUGCUCCGUUCCGCGCUCAGCCACAACCCGGAGGAGCGGAAAGACGCCGAGCAGAGCCUCAACCAGUUGCAGUAUAUGCCACAGCAUUUGAUUAGGUUACUUCAGAUCAUAAUAGAUGGUAGUUGUGAUAUGGCUGUACGGCAAGUGGCUAGCAUCCAUUUUAAAAAUUUCGUGGCCAAAAACUGGUCGCCUCAUGAACCUGGUGAGGCCCAGAAAAUAUCCGAGAACGACAAGCAAAUGGUCCGUGAUAAUAUCCUUGGUUUUGUUGUUCAAGUUCCACCAUUAUUGAGAGCUCAACUUGGAGAAUGCAUAAAAACCAUUGUCCAAGAUGAUUACCCAGAGCAGUGGCCAGGUCUUCUUCAUUGGGUGAAGUGCAAUCUCCAAUUGCAAGACCAGCAAGUAUUUGCAGCUUUAUAUGUAUUAAGAGUUCUCUCCAGAAAAUAUGAGUACAAAUCUGAUGAAGAUCGAACACCAUUCCAUCUCAUUGUUAAGGAGACAUUUCCUCUUCUGUUGGACAUAUUCAACAAACUUCUUCAGAUAACUAAUCCCUCAAUUGAAGUAGCAGAAUUUAUCAAGCUUGUAUGCAAAAUUUUCUGGUCAUCCAUAUAUUUAGAGAUCCCACGAUUGUUACUUGCGCCCAAUGUGUUCAGUGCAUGGAUGGCUCUCUUCUUGAAUUUAUUAGAGAGACCUGUUCCUUUGGAAGGUCAACCAACUGAUCCUGACCUCAGGAAAGCUUGGGGAUGGUGGAAAGUGAAGAAGUGGACAAUUCACAUCUUAAAUCGUUUGUACACAAGGUUUGGGGAUCUGAAGCUUCAGAAGCCAGAGAACAAAGCUUUUGCUCAAAUGUUUCAUGAUAGCUGUGCUGGCAAAAUUUUACAAUGUGACCUACAAUUGCUCAAUGUUGUUCGUACAGGCGGUUAUCUACCUGAUAGGGUUAUUAACCUUAUAGUUCAAUUUGUCACCAGCAGUAUAUCGAAGAACAGCAUGUAUCAAUUGCUGCAGCCGCAACUUGAUAUUGUUCUUUUUGAGAUUAUCUUCCCUCUAAUGUGUUUCAAUGACAAUGAUCAAAAUCUAUGGGCAGAAGAUCCACAUGAGUAUGUUAGAAAGGGCUAUGAUAUUUUGGAAGAUCUGUACAGUCCUCGAACAGCAGCCAUAGACUUUGUGAGUGAAUUAGUGAGAAAGCGUGGCAAAGGGAACCUACAAAAGUUUAUUCACUUCAUUGUGGAGAUUUUUAAAAGAUAUGAUGAGUCACCUAUUGAACAUAAACCAUAUCGCCAGAAAGAUGGUGCUCUUCUGGCCAUUGGAUCAUUGUGUGAUAAACUUAAACAAACAGAACCUUACAAGUCAGAGCUAGAGUGUAUGUUAGUCCAACAUGUUCUUCCUGAAUUUGCAAGUCCCAUUGGUCAUCUUCGAGCAAAGGCAGCAUGGGUUGCUGGGCAGUAUGCAAAUAUCAUUUUUUCAGAUCAAAACAAUUUCCGAAGAGCCUUCCACUCUGUUGUUUCUGGAAUGAGGGAUCCAGAGCUUCCUGUGCGGGUCAAUUCAGUUUUUGCUUUGCGCUCUUUCAUUGAAGCUUGCAAGGAUCUAGACGAGAUCCGGCCAAUUCUUCCUCAAUUGCUUGAUGAGUUUUUUAAACUUAUGAAUGAGGUUGAGAAUGAAGAUAUUGCCUUCACUCUCGAGACCAUUGUUGGCAAGUUUGGUGAAGAAAUGGCUCCAUAUGCGUUUGGCUUGUGCCAGAAUCUGUCUGCUGCAUUUUGGAAGUGCUUGAAUACAUCUGAAGAAGAUGAUGAAGCUGAUGACACAGGUGCUUUAGCUGCUGUUGGUUGUCUGCGUGCCAUAGGUGCCAUCCUUGAAUCUGUUAGCAGUCUUCCUCAUCUCUUUGUUCAAAUUGAGCCAAUUUUACUGCCUAUAAUGCGGAGGAUGCUGACUACAGAUGGUCAAGAUGUUUUUGAAGAAGUUUUGGAAAUUGUUUCAUAUAUAACAAUUUUCUCCCCAACAAUCUCAUUGGACAUGUGGUCUCUUUGGCCUUUAAUUGUAGAAGCACUUGGAGAUUGGGCUAUAGAUUUCUUUGAGAGUAUGCUUGUUCCUCUGGACAACUAUAUAUCAAGGGGUAACCAACAUUUCCUUUCAUGUAAAGAUCCAGAUUACCAGCAAAGCCUAUGGAAAGUACUUUCAAAUGUCAUGUCAGAUAGAAUAAUGGAUGACAGUGAUAUUGAACCUGCUCCUAAGCUCAUCGAAGUGGUAUUCCAAAAUUGUAAAGGCCAAGUGGACCAUUGGGUUGAACCUUACCUGAAGAUUACCAUUGAUCGUUUGAGCCGAGCACAAAAGCCACAUUUUAAGUGUCUCAUGAUACAAGUUAUUGCUGAUGCUCUCUACUAUAACUCUUCUUUGACGCUUGGGAUACUGCAUAAACUUGGGGUCGCUUCAGAUAUUUUCAGUGUCUGGUUUCAGAUGCUGCAAGAAGUUAAAAAGAGUGGCGUUCGUGCAAACUUUAAAGGGAUGCAUAAUAAAAAGAUUUGCUGCUUGGGAUUAACUUCGCUUCUUGGCCUUCCUGCCAACCAGUUGGCUGCUGAAGCUUUAGAACGUGUCUUUAGGGCAAUAGUUGAGCUUCUAAUUUCUUACAAAGAUCAACUUGCAGAAGCUGAGAAAGAAGAUGACACCUAUGACAAUAUGGAUGGCUUUGAUGCUGACGAUGAUGAUGAGGAAGAAGAGUCUGAAAUGGGAGAUGACACUGAGUAUUGCAGUGAAGAAAAAUUCAAGAAAUUGGUUGCGGAGAAUCAGGCAAAAGGAUUUCAAUCAACUGAUGAGGAUGAUGAGACUGAUGAUGAUUACAGCGAUAACGAUGACACACAAUCACCAAUUGAUGAAGUCGAUCCUUUCAUUUUCUUUGUGGAAACUGUUCAAGCCAUGCAAGCUUCUGAUACCGGUAGGUUCCAAAACCUGAUGCUGACACUCGACUCCCACUAUCAAUCUCUGGUAACAAGCAUUGCUCAACACGCUGAGCUGAGAAAAGCAGAGAUUGAGAAAGAAAAGUUGAACGAGGCGACUAUUGAAUAAAUCAGCAUAAUAGAGAUCGAGGCUUUGAGAUAGUCUCCUUAAGGAAUGGCAAAAGGACUGGAGAAUGAAUUGUUAGAAAUUACCAGUCCUUUGGAGUUGCGACAAAUUCGCUCCCCUCGACGUUAAACUAUUUUCAGUUCUUUUAGCAAUUUUUUCGGUGGGAAUCUCUUAACUGGAGAUUACCACCUAUAGGGCUUAGGCCAUAGCUUUGUCGAUUUUGUUUUAAUUUAUUUUAUUUUUUCUCUAUAUCUAUUGGGUAAGACUUGAUGAACAGAGUCUGCACUGGAGUGAUAUCUGCAAGGGUUAUUGGUGCAAUAAGAAAAGGGUUAGCAGUGAUGGAUGUAUAUGAUUAUCUACUCUGUAUACUAGAAAGGGAAUGGUGGUAAUUGUUUAAUAUGUUUGCUAA